AUGUCCGGAAGGUUGAAGAGUGGGCAGGGUGCACCAUCGCCACGCAAGGAAGUCAAAUCCCCGACUGGCAGCACACACUCGGAAGCCGCUCAGGAAACAGGGAAGGCAGCCGCAAGAACCACAUCGAGGAGAGACAGUGACCCACAAAAAGAUGUGCGAUCUCACAAGGAAGAAGGCCAACCGGAGAAGAUGCCCAAGAAACAACUGAGUGACUAUCGCGAACAGCUAGUCAGAGAGAUGUCGGCCAGAGGCGCCCAAACCUCGGCUCUGCCGAAGCGGCCGUCACCAAUUCAGGAAGAGACCACUUCUUCGCCACUCAUGACCUCCUCCGACCGUUCCUCUUCAGACGUCACAACCACAUCGACCGAGUCGGGCAAUACGAUCAGAGGAGGAAUGACACCAGGCUUCACAGCAAGGACUCCGUCGUAUCCAUUCCCGCGCAUGGGCACACCGGGAUACACAUCCUCUGCACUACAUCGACCCUUUACUACCCUGUCUCCCACAGGGCCUCAGGGCGUAAUUCACGAAGGCGGGAGCAUUUUCGAUAGAGUCUUGUCAAACCCAUCAACGCCAUCAUCAAACAUCACCUUCCAGCCUGGGAAUGCCUCCUAUAUAGGGGGAGAUAAUCCAGACUUUCCGACCCCCAGCCUCUAUGAUUUGACAUUGAUGCUGUCAGCCGAGCCUGGGCUGGAUGCAUGGUGGAACACGGUAGUGCAGAUCAUGACCGAAUGCUACGGCGCCGAGAGAGUGACUCUGGCAGUUCCCGCUGACUCAACCGAUAUCGAAAACGUGCCUUGGGGCCAGAAAGCAACAUUCAACAUCCAACCUGAGGACGAGCUGAGUAUGGGCUACAUGGCAAGGGGGAGCAGUAUGGUUCCGAGUAGCACUGGCGAUCCAUCCGAAGGCCCAUCUCAUGCCUCCGAAACGCAGAAACUCAAGUUACCUCUCCGUCCCACACUGGCAAGCCGGCACUCAUUUACGACUUAUGAGAACAAGAAGGAGAAGGCAGAGGUCAACACCAGGCUGCCGGCCACUGCUGCCAGACCUCCUAUGCCCAGGAGCCAAAGCUCGUACCCAGUAUCCACCCUGCGAGAAGAAAUGCCCGCAGAUGAUUCUACACACCUGGAACUCAGUCGCAGUGUCCUCGAAGAACACAAUGCCGAGGAAGAAGAGCAUCCUAUCCCGAGCUGGGAAGCUCCGAUAGCAACCCAUGCUCAAGUCCAGGGCAGGGUCUUGCCUGUCCUGCAGGCUUUGGACUACGAGGCCGAUCCUCUGAUCGACCACAACGGCGUGCAGAGAGUGCUCGACAGAGGCCGGGUGAUAGCAUUGACGCGAUCGUAUCCCUACCUUGACCCAGAGUCUCGGGAUAAGAGCUCAGAGUCUUUGAGCAGAGCAAGAAGUCAAUCCCCGGAGGGACCGAGAAAACUGGCCAAGAAGAUGCGUUCUGAUUCUUCGACCAAGCUCUCCUCACUCCUUGGCAACGCAAACAUGGCCAAGGAUGCCAAGUCUGGCGAUGCAAGGAAGUCUAGGAACUCAACGCAUCUGGAAGAUGCCCCACGGCCCAAGACUCCUAGGUACGAGGAGUACGAGCAAGCCCCCCCAUCGCCAUGGUCUCAGUCACCCGCGCCAUCACCAGCCAUUAGAGCUGAUCCAAAUCAGAACCCCUUCUUUACCGAUGCCAUGGUCGAUGAGGAGUCGUUCAACCCCGGUCCUGCAACUCAUGACUACACUAGCAUGAAGCCACCGGAGACUAUUGGAGUCGAUAACUCGUACACUGUUCUGCACAUACCAUUGUCACAUGUCAUACUCUCAAAACCCGCUCCAGCUUUCAAGCUUGACACGACUAUCCUAGACCAGAAGUCCUCGUCAAGGGGCAAGUCAGAUGCAACCCCCGCAGAACAGCGGGCGACAUCGAACUCCUCACCAGAACCUGCCAGCAAACCGAAGCAGACACCCAUCGCCAUCCUCUCAAUCCUAAGCCCCGUCAUACCGUAUCCUUCGAACCUCCGGCGUUCUAUUGAAGCUCUAAGCGCCCAUCUGGCAACGUCUUUCUCGCUGUGUCGCCACUAUUCUAAUCUGGAAGCCGAAGUGGUCGGCCUUCACCGCAGGAGACAUGACACUCCCGGAUUUGGGGCACUGGGCACCGAUGGCCGAAUGCUUGUUGAUUCCAUCACCAUGUCAAAGCUCGGAUACAUACCACCCGAGGAUCUUGCAUCGCAAAUGUCUUUGGGCGGCAGUAUCACAAGUCCCAGUGAUUAUUCCGGCCCUUCACAUCGGAGCGCCGCUGAUUCCCCAGCCGGAACGCCGAAUUGGGACACAGGCACUUUCGGGCUCAUCGUGGACAAGCGAACUGUGGGGUCCAGUCCCGGGCAAGUUACUGGGGAUAGCUAUUUCAAUACCAGGCCUGCCACAAGUCCAGGACGGCCUCCUACGACACCGGGGGGCGGGAGUGCUCAACGGCUCCGACGAAAUUCAAAGGAGUUGUCAAACAUCGACAAACGCUCAUCACUCCGCCGCACUGGGAGCAAAGCCCCGGUGCAGGAUGCCCUUAUCAUGACUGCCACUGACUUUGGGCAGAACGAAGGCGCGGCCGGGGACGUGCCCGGGGGGCUACCAGAUGAAAUGGCCGUCACAGGGCUGCAGCAGAAGCGAGUUACCUUGCAAGAAGCCAAAGAAAACCUGGGUGACAAUAGAGCAGACCUGUUUGGCGAAAGCUCGGCACAACAACCCGCUCUCGAAGUUGUCAAGAAAUCCACAGCGGCCUCUGGGCCCUUGGGCCAGGCACCUCACCGCCACAGCCUCUUACACUCUUAUGGCGCGGACUUCACCACAACUUUUCAGUCGCUACCCCCAAGCUCGAGCAUCUCGGUCAAAGGCACGCCAUACAUGUCUGCACCAUCUCGGUCUGGCUCCAUAUCAGUGGGCCAGGUGGACAUGCCCCCUCCAUCGGACAGGCUCAAGGGGUUGAUUCUGGACUCCUUGCCUUCUCACGUUUUUGUCGCUUUGCCGCAAACAGGAGCCAUUGUUUGGGUGAACAGCCGGUUUCUGAGUUACAGGGGUCAGACAGUCACGGAUCUUGCCCAAGAUCCCUGGGGCAGCAUCCACCCAGACGAGCGAGAGGAGUACCUCAAAGCCUGGAGCCAUUCUGUGCGAACCGGAGAUCAGUUCUCACGCACGGUUCGUAUAAGGCGCUUUGAUGGGGCUUAUCGAUUCUUCCAGGCACGAGCGAUCGCCACGCGAGACAAGCGCAAUGUUAUCACUCAGUUCCUGGGCUCGUACAUGGACAUACACGACCAGCACAUCGCUGAACUCAAGGCGAUCCGUCAAGAAGAGAUCGAGUCUUCCGAGGCAAAGCACAGGCUUCUCGCAAACCUCAUUCCACAGAUCAUCUUCACGGCGACCGAGGAUGAGGGCAUCACUUUCGCAAACCAGCAGUGGUUGUCUUACACUGGACAAAGCACAGACGAUCCGUUGGGUUUGGGCUUCAUGGACUUUGUUCACCCCGAAGACCUCGCGAAAUGUAGGGUGCCCACAGACAUGGCCUCUUUCAAGAAGCAAGUCAUGGAAGAGAGAGACGCCCUCCAAAGCUCACCUUCAUCCCCUGUUUCUACGAAGGGUAUUUUGAAGAGCCUCUCGCAUAAAGAGCUACUCACGAGCAACAUUGUUCGUCAAGCGCUAUCCCGGCAGAGCAGCUCCAGUAGUACUUCUGGGAACGAGGGUGCAGCCGACCUUGCCUCCCUUGUCAGAAAGGGCAUCAUCAAGAUAACGGAAGACAGUGAAGGUCGCCCUUCAUACACUACCGAAGUCCGGCUACGCUCGAAGACUGGCGAGUACAGGUGGCAUCUAGUCCGCUGCGUGGAGAUCCAAAACAUGGUUCACGACGAUGGAACGAGCUCCUAUUUUGGCUCAGCAACGGACAUCAAUGACCACAAACUACUCGAGGCCAAACUCAAAGAGGCCAUGGAGUCCAAGGGCCGGUUCCUCAGCAACAUGUCACACGAAAUCCGUACGCCGCUUAUAGGGAUCUCGGGAAUGGUCAGCUUCCUCCAAGACACGGUCCUAAAUGAGGAACAGCGCGAUUACACAAACACCAUUCAGACCAGCGCCAACAGCUUGCUCAUGAUUAUCAACGACAUUUUGGAUCUGUCCAAGGUCGAUGCAGGUAUGAUGAAGCUCAACUACGAAUGGUUCCAUACUCGAUCCCUGAUCGAGGAUGUAAACGAGCUGGUGUCAACCAUGGCCAUUGCAAAGCGUCUUGAACUUAACUACGUCGUUGAGUCCGACGUACCUGCCUGGGUCAAGGGAGACAGGGUCAGAAUUCGACAGGUUCUUCUCAACGUCAUUGGCAACGCCAUCAAGUUCACUUCCCAGGGCGAGGUCUUCAGUCAUUGCCGUGUUGUCCCUCCCAAUGACGGGGAAGAGCCAGAUGAGACGGGAAUCAUGCUCGAGUUUUCCAUUAUUGAUACUGGAAGGGGCUUUACCAAGGAGGAGGCAGAGUUGAUCUUCAAGCCAUUCAGUCAAAUUGACGGAAGCAGCACAAGGCAACACGGUGGAAGUGGCUUGGGACUCGUUAUCUCGCGACAGCUUGUCGAACUCCACGGCGGAAAGAUGGACGGCACCGCUGUGCCAGGAAAGGGUUCAACCUUCACCUUCACGGCGCGCUUUAUCUUGCCGACUAGCGAGGACCACCCAGACAUUCCUGCAAGCCCUCCGUCUACGGCUACAACUCGCGCUGUGCCCGAGGAGCUCCAAGUGGCCCAUCCUGCGCGCCAACUCUCCACAGUGAAGCCAUUACGACUGAGUCCAGGGACGAGUCCUACAACGGAUGUAGAUCCAGCUUCGUCGGUCGCGGCUUCUAGCGGAAGCUCCGACCCUUCCAUCAAAUCGGGCCGGAGCCGGGUUACCGAGCGAUCGUCCAUGUCUUCAGUCAAUGUCGGGCUUGUUCACUUCAGCGAGGCCGCGAGGGCGAGUGGCCAGGAUCUCUCGCAAAUGAAGCUUGAGAUGCCUUCGGAAAGGAGUUCGCCGGGAACCACGCCCCUCUCUGACGAGACCAUCACGGAGACAGAGGCUGCCAGCUUCCGACCACCGAUGUACUCGAUCCUCGUCAUCUGCCCGCAAAAGCUGAGCCGGGAGGCGACAAAGAAGCACAUCGAGAUGACUCUGCCAAAGGACGUGCCGUAUCAGAUUGCCGCUCUUGCAUCGAUUGCGGAGGCUGAGAUGAUGCUGAGUGGAGACGAGGCAGUCAACUUUACCCAUAUUGUCAUCAACCUCCCUUCUCCAGAGGAGAUUAUGAAUCUUAUGGACAAGUUGAUGGACUCGCCAACAAUAUCAAAGGCCAGACUCGUCAUCCUGACUGACUCUGUUCAGCGGCAGGCGGUGAUGAAACUGGCAGCGGGCACAAAGCACGAGGACAUCCUCUCAGAGACCCGGGUUUCGUAUGUCUACAAGCCCGUCAAGCCGUCUCGUUUUGCCGUCAUCUUCGACCCAGCCAAGGAGCGCGAUAUCAGUAUUGACCGCAAUCGGUCCUCUGCGCAGCGCCUCGUGGAGACUCAGAAGCAAAGCUACUUGAACAUGGAACGACGGAUGGGCAACAAGGGAUUCAAGGUCUUGCUUGUGGAGGACAACCUCAUCAACCAGAAGGUGCUCACGAAGUACUUGAAGAAGGUUGGAGUGGAGGUAGACAUCGCUUCGGACGGCGUGGAGUGUGUUGACAAGGUCUUCUCUCACCCGGGAGGAUACUACUCCUUUAUUCUGUGUGAUCUCCACAUGCCGCGCAAGGACGGCUACCAAGCAUGCCGUGAGAUUCGUGCCUGGGAGACAGAGCACAAGUACAAACCCAUGCCCAUCAUUGCUCUCUCGGCAAACGUCAUGUCGGACGUGCAGAAGAAGUGCGCUGCAGCCGGCUUCAACGACUACGUGAGCAAACCGGUGGAUUUCAUCGCGCUCAGCUCAGCCCUGUGCAAGUUCUUUUAG